AUGGCGCUGCAAGAAAACAUCAUCAGUUCCAAAAAUAAAACUUCAUGUGCUGUUACAAAGAAAUUCUGGCACUUGACAAUGGCUUCACUCCGUUAUCUAUUCGUCAACCCUAAGACCUUACCUUUCAUUGGCGCUUUGGUUGUAAGCUACAAGUAUGUGGAAAUUGCAGUGGUGUCUGUAUUGAUGGAUUACUUGAGAGAUUCAUCAACUAAUGGGGAGAACCAACAGAUAGAUGCCAUUGUUACCAAUCUUCAAGAUGGUCUAUCAUCCCUCUUUCUAGUUAUUGUUUCUCUUGUUUCAGAAGCAUAUACAGGUUAUUACGCUAUGAUCACGUUUUGCACUGCAGCUUCAAUCCAGAUUCUGGAAGAUUAA